GUAAUUCGAACAGAAUUCGAACAGGAAGUGCACGGUUGCAUGGGAUUAAAAACAAUCAAUGCAACCAAGAUCCUGAACAGAAAAAUUGUGGUUUUAAAUGUUCGAUUCAUAGUUAAGCUUCAUUUUAAGGAUAUAUCCUUUUUAUACUGGUCACAAAAAACUAGCAGCGAUUGCAAAAGAAUUUUGAUGAUUUAGUCAAUUAACUUAACCGCUUUAAAGAUCCGAAAGGUAAACGAUCAAAAAUAUGCUUAUCACAUUUUGAUGAACAAAAUUAUCUAUCUUAUCUGUAUUUUUAUAUCAAAUGUUUUGUUAAUGUAUAUCAACCGGACUCGAUGAAUGAGUCAGCGACUUCCAAAAAUAUGUAAAUGAUUCUUUGUUUACUCCAGAUCACCAAAUGCUGCUGCGUGACAUGAAAAGACUUAAACGAAAGCUUUCUCUAAAGUUCCGUCAAUCGAAGAGUGUCGGCAGUUUGUCAGAUUUAACGGAGAAUAUUAGCAUAGAAAAUAAUGACAACGAAAUACGAAACUCCGAACAACAAGUAUUCACAUCACCGCCGUCUUCCUUGGUUCCUUUCGAAUUAUAUUUUAAACGACCUACGUUAGGGAGGCAUAAUUCCUUAGGAAUCGUUCAUGAAAAUCCUAAAAUUGGUUCGGACGGCGAAAGUGAAGAAGUUAGUGGAACUUCAGAUGACAAAGAUGACUCUUCCCCUGUAAAAUUACGCUAUCGUCAACGUCGAUUCAGUGAGGACAUUAACAAACGACUCUCCUUGCCUGCCGACAAUCUAAUCGACAAACAAUUUACACUUUCUCCGGAAGUACCUUUGAACAGACGCCAAAGACGAGCGUCUCUGUCUGAAUUGGGAUAUGGAAAGGUUGAAUCAUACAAGAAAUUAGAAAAGCUAGGUGAGGGAACCUAUGCUACAGUAUAUAAAGGUCAGAGUCUGGUUACAGACGCGGUUGUAGCCUUGAAAGAAAUACGACUGGAGCACGAGGAAGGAGCGCCUUGUACAGCCAUUAGAGAGAUAUCAUUGCUCCGUGAUCUGAAGCACGCUAAUAUUGUAACUCUUCAUGAUAUUAUUCAUACCGAUCAGUGCCUUACUCUAGUCUUCGAAUAUGUAGAAAAGGAUCUCAAAUUGUAUAUGGACGACUGCGGCGGCAUUCUAAAUAUAUGGAACGUAAAGCUAUUUCUAUUUCAACUGUUGCGAGGUUUAGCAUACUGCCAUGCCCGGAGAAUUCUGCAUCGUGAUUUGAAGCCUCAAAAUCUGCUUAUCAACGAGACAGGCGAAUUAAAAUUAGCCGAUUUCGGUCUUGCUCGAGCAAAAUCCUUUCCGAUCAAGACUUACUCAAACGAGGUCGUUACAUUAUGGUAUAGGCCACCUGAUGUUUUACUUGGCUCAACUGAAUAUUCGACGCCGAUUGAUAUGUGGGGUGUGGGGUGUAUUUUUUUUGAAAUGGUAUGUGGACGACCUCUCUUCCCCGGUUCUAGUCCCGAGGACCAAUUAACUAUGAUCUUUAAAUUAUUGGGUACUCCCACGGAAGCAACAUGGACAGGGGUUUCGACGAAUGAAGAGUUUUUAUCAUACGAGUUCCCAAGAUAUAAAAGAGAGUCGUUGAAGACACUUGCACCGAGAUUUGACUCAAAUGGAUUAGAUUUGCUACUCAGUUAUCUAUCGUACGAGCCCAAGAAAAGGAAAUCAGCCACCGAAUCUAUGAAAGAUCCUUUCUUCUCGGGAUUGGGCACAGAAGUUCAUUAUUUAGACGACACUUUGCACCGAGAUGACAGCUCUCAAUACCUUUUCCUUUUUGUAGUCGCUUCCAUUUUCACUGUUCCCGGAAUUCGCCUACACAAGGAUCCUGGAAGAAGAACGUUAAAUAUACCCACUGCAGCCGGUAAGUAA